CAAUUAUAUUCCCGUCUGCAAUCACGGCUACUUUCCCCUUCUCAAACAUUGCGUUCAAAUGUCUUGGCAUUAUUGACAUCGAAGAUGGUCAAAUCUUCUCCCGCAGAACACGAAGCGCUGAGGCGCCGUCUGCAGGGUGACGAAGUGUCCCUUGACAUGCAUGGCGUGCGCGAGCGCGUUCUUCAAAUAGGCAGAUUAUACCAGGUCGUGAGAGAUGAUGGUUCACUUUCCGCUGAUAUCUGUAUUCGGUGGCUUGUUUGUACGUAUACCGUCCCAUUUAUGCAGGCACUUCGCUGA